AAUCGCGUCACAAUACAUCUGGGCUGCUUAGCAGGCUAGGUUGAGGUGACAGAGGGUUUGCAAAAACUUGUCUCUCAGACUCAGUUGUCUUUGCCUCUCGUUUUAACUCACUUUUUAAAAAAAAAGUGUCUAGAUAUUUUUUGCAAAUUUUAUUUUCCACCUGUAAUUCUCGGACAGGCCAUUUUGUUGUAGUUGUUAUUACUAGGUAGGAAAUAGACGCACAAACUGUUUCUUUUUUUAAAUAUAAAAAAAAAUUCACACACCAUCACUUUAUCUGGGGAGAAAUGGCAUUUUUUAAUAUUCAAACUUUGCUGGAAGCAGCCGAGUACAUCGAGAGAAGAGAGAGAGAGGCAGAACACGGCUACGCGUCAAUUUUGCCCUGCAACGUCGAAUUCAACAGGAAGAAAGGCAAGACGAGGAAAACACCAAAUAACAGGUCCUCACACAAUGAACUGGAAAAGCACAGGAGAGCUAAGCUGAGGUUAUACCUGGAGCAGCUGAAAGAGCUGGUACCUCUAGGGCCAGAUUGUUCAAGACACACCACUCUGAGCCUAUUGAAGCGAGCGCGGACUCACAUCAAGAAGUUAGAGGAGCAAGACAAGAAGGCACUUCACCAGAAGGAGCAGCUGCAGCGUGAGCGGCGGUACCUGAGACGUCGGCUGGAGCAGCUGGCCGUCCAGGGAAUGGAGCGUCUCCGUACUGACAGUCUGGGGUCAGCUAUCUCCACUGACCGCUCCGAUUCUGAACAAGAAGCCGACGUUGACAUCGAAGGUAUGGAGUUUAUUCCUGGUGAGCUGGACAGUGUUGGCAGUGCCAGUGAUGUUGAUGACCACUACAGUUUUCGGAGCAGUUCAAGUGACAGUGGAUACGCAGACUCUCGCACAAUCACCCCAAGGCUGUCAUAGUGACCACUUCGGUUACCAGCAGAGGACCACAUCGUCAACGCAGGGCACUUAUUAUAUAUAUAUAUAUCUAUAUAUAUCUAUAAAAAAAAAACUUUUUUUUUCCUCCUGGGAUGUUGACUGCCACUCUUUCACAGACACCCGCAACCACAACAGCACUUGCAUUUGCUGUCACCCUCCUGCAGUUCUUUGAGAGCCCGGCUCAUCCAUUCCAAUGCAGCGAUUUGACUCUUGACACGAGGGUUGCGAAGAAGUGCAGGGUGGUUUUUGCAGUAAAGUGGGCGGGAAGGUGAAGGGGAAAGUAGACUGCGAGGAUGGGGUGGGGUGGGGGGAGGAAAAAAGCCAGCUCUAAUGAUUAACCUUGAAAGUAGAGUAUUGCUUUUCUCCUGUUUUUUUUUACAAUUUGAUUUUUAUUUUGCCGCCUGCUUCCGGUCUCCCAUGGUAAGAAUGAGGAGGGAUGUGGCGUGGCUAGCAUUGACCCAAGUUCAUUUUGCUGGUGUGUUAUCCAGAGCUGGUUUUCCACUUUUGCAGCUCUGCUGUUAGAGGAGCAUUCACCUGCGUCUCUCCUAUCGUCUAGCAGCUGUCUGCCUUCCCGGUGCAGAACGUAUGCUUUUUUUUGAUUUUGGAGAAACUAGUAACUAGACAGUAUUCCUAUGGAGGCUGAACACAGUGCAUUUAUUGUCUCCUUGCUCAUAAAGAGUUAUCGUGUUAAUACAGGACUUUGUUUUUGAAAAAGAAACUGCAGCAGUAGGUGUAUCAAGCAAAAAAGUUAGGAUUUUGCUUCUGCUUUGUUCAGUGAUUAUACACCGGGCUUGUAGCAGUUUCAUUAUCUGUGUCGUUUUAGACUGCUUCUACUGAAAUGUUAGUGAUACUAAAAGUGUCUGCUUUCCCUGUCUGCUUGGUUUUAGUCAUUAGAGCAUGGCUUCUAGACAAACUGAUCAACCAUUUACGUACACAUCUCUCAAGAUGCCUUUCUCAUCUAGAGAGGGUUUUAAGAAAAAAAAGGACUGAAAAAAAUCGCAAAAGUAAUAAUCGAGUAAUUUUAGCCAGUAUAGUCUCAAAAUUUGCUGUAUCAAAAUUUUGUAUUAUAUUUUCCUAAAUGUUAUCCAAACCAUGCUUCUCGGGUAGAGAGGGGAGGGCUUGUGGGGUGGUGGCAUGGGACUAAAAUGGUACAGGACCUAGAUCAGCGUCUCGGACUUUCUGCCAUUGUCAUUCUGUGCCUUGGUAUUCCUCAGAGACCCCUGUGGCUCUCCGAUAGCUGGCAUUUGCAUCUGUCCCUUGUGGAGACGACAGUGAGAACUUCAUGGCAGCUCUUUGUCCUUGUUUGCACUCUUGGAAGCGGCUGCUUCCAAACUUGCUGCCGACCGGGUAAUCUAGAGAUUGCAGCUCACGUGACCUUGCUCCGUGAACCUGCUCCCUGCCCCCUCUCCAACCUCACACAAGCCCUGAUCUCCUGGUGGGGGCAGGUCAAAGGUUAGAACAUGGCAGCUGAAUUUUUAAAAAAAAAAGAAUCUUUUAAUAAAAGUAGGAGUAUAUUGUAUCCUAUGGUUAUUGCUGGUUCCUGUAAUAAAAGAAAAUCACACUCUUAAAUGCCUCAUUACAAGGGAUGACUAUUGAACGUGGUAUUUGAUUGACAGACUGCAGAAUUUCCAGCAGUUUUAAUUUGAAGGUUGUCUUUUAUUUUCCUGUUAUGGAUGCCAAUUUCUGAAUCAUGAAAGCAAUAGAGAUUUUACUUUAUCAUCAAUAAACAUGUGUGACUGUUAAUAGGAUCAAAUUCCAAUGUGAUAUGUACAGUCCGUCCAUUCCUUUCCUGAAUGACGGAAUGCUGUGAUCAAAAAAAAAACAAAGGAAAGCUGUUUACUAAAAACAAAACUCUCGCACAGAACCACCAUGUAGGAGAUGAGAGGUGACUCUAACAUGUAGCAAGUGUCACAGCUUGCUGGUUGUGUGUGCACGUGUGUGUUAUCAAUCCCUCCUGGCAUUUUUCCUCAGGCAUCUCUUAAAAAUACAAUCCUACCCACGUGUCUUUUUGAGUGCUUGUGUAGCAGAAUUGGAUUUCCUGAUCUGAUUAAUCUGUUUGGGGUUUGCUGUUUGUGCCUUUUUGAUGGCCGGCUCAUGUCAAAACUCUACAACUAAAGAGGUGGGAACUGGCUAAUGGCUUUGGUCGCUGCCGGAGGUUGUUUGGGUUGGUGUGGAGAGGCAAUCAGGUGGCAGUGUGAGAUUAUUCAACUAGGUUUCUGGUGCAGUGGCCUCUCCUGCAUGGAAUGGGGCUGUUCUGCUCAUUGGAGGAGAGACUUACUCCUCAUGUCCAUUCCUGGGUCACCCAGUUAGGUGGUGUGCAAUAUUGAGCUGGGACAUCUUGUGAUUUUUAUUUUAAAAUUUUAAUAAUAUUUCAAAUCCAUUUACUUUGUAAAUUUCCUCUCUUGGGGUAAAGUUUCUGGUGUGAGGUCUCCUUUCGGAGUUGAGUUUUUCGGAGACAUGUUGAGCGGUGGUGUUGGCAGUAGUGUCGAGGUGUGUUUGAUGCUUAAAACCUAUUUUGUGACUGGGCAGCCUGGUUACAGUUGAAGGCCUUUUGGCCCGUUAGGCCCUAUACUGGCAUUUCUCAGGUGCAGUUGGAAAAACUAAUGUCUGUAGGUGGUGUUUCAGUGGAAACUUUCAAGGCUGGCAUCAGUAGCCUUCUGUUACAUUUUGAUUGAGUGUAAAGGUGACAAAGUGGAUUUGAGGUAGAGAUCAGUCUGACCUAAUUGAAUGGUGGAAUGUGCUCAAAGGGCUGAAUGGCCUUAUCUUGCUGUGGAGUUCCUGGUGUGGCUGGGAAGGUGUUUGGAUCAAAGGCUAUCUCUGUUGGUGUGCUCACCAGUGUAUCCUUUGUUAUACUCUUCCUGUUGGAGCACUCUAACUACAUUUCUGUUUUAACGUCAUGACUUAGAGGGAUUUAAGUGCUUGCGGGGCAGGAGUGGGCGGGUGUGUGUGUGUGUGUCUGUCUGCCUGUACCUCUAGGUGCUGAGUCUAUAAAAUCCAGACUCUGAGGGAAUAGUUUAGACUUGCAUACCUGUAAUCAGGAUCUGUGCUGUUUGCGUUCGGUCUUGAGUGCUGUUGUCUCAAACCAAAGACACUUGUACUUGAGUAGGUAGUGGAGUGCUUUGCUCAGUGUAGGGGGUUCCUAAUCUUGACAGAUGUUUGACACCAUAAAAACAUGGCUAUAAGAGUGUGGCAUGAAAACUGGGUUAAGAAACGGUCCCGGGGUGUAAUGAUUCACUUUGCACUUUUCAGACCAAUGCUGUGGAACAGGAUGUGAGCUCUUUUAAUUAGCAUUCUCUCUCUUUUCUGUCCCCCAUUCCCAAUUUUUGUCUGAAUUUUGUUGGUGCCACUGUAGGCCAGCCAGCCAGCCAUAUGUAGUGGAGGACCACUGUGAUGAACCUUGAUUUGACGUAGAGUGUGUACCCUCCAGGGCGUUGCUAUUGCACUUAUUCUGGAGAAAGUGGCCUGCUUGAACUAAUCUGCCUGAUCCAAAAGUUUCUUAGUGACUGGGGAGGGGUGUUGGGGAUAAACUCUCUCAUAACUUGAUUGUGCAAAGUUGAUUGCCUCCAAACUGUGUGGAAGAAGUUCCAUGUUGGAAUGCAGCCGUGAACCCAGCGAGUUUCCCGGUCUAGUCCGACAUUGCUGACGUUUUCCCAUUGACUGUCAACUGCCUGAAUCAAAACUGUUUAUCCAUCGGGUUCACAGCUGGGGUGAUGUGUACUAAGCUGAUAGAAAUUAACGCAUCUGUCCCCUCUGCACUCCCUCCCCGCCCCCAAACAAUGUGCAUAUCUGUCUACUGAUGGUAAUCAUGCACAGUUUCAAGAUGGUGUUGCCUUGGACCUAGAUUUUUGUUGACACCAACUUGAGCCACACGACCCACUCGGACAAGCUGCCUACUGCACUUAGAAGCUGGGCUUUUUUCUCGAGUGUAUAGGAAACUUUAGCAGUAAAGUGAAUUUUUUUAUCUUUGGGAAAGUGGGAAGGGGUGGGUGGUGACAUGAGAUUGGGAAGCCAAUCUAGACUUUCUGUUUUAAAUAAGGUCUACAACAGCCCAAAACUGAAUUCCCUGAAUUUGUACAAUUGAUUAUUGCAAAGCAUUUAGAUAAUUAGCCUUGUCUUGUUUCCUAAAGUACAAGAUUGGCCUACACUGAUAAUUGAGCCCAUUCAUAGUUACCAGGCCUUUCAGGAAGGGGAACAACAUUGCAGUAUUAAACCUCUUACUGUUCCACAAUCAUGUUUUUCAAUGUCUUUUUAAAAGAACUUUAUUUUUACAGUGUGGGAAGAAUUGGUUUUCCUUCAGCAACUUGGAAGUGUCUUGCGUUUUAUGAAUUGUUGGAAUUAAGAGAAUUUAUCUCUCUAUCCCUCUUCAAAACUCCCAGGGCACUUGCUAGUGGUUGGUUGGAAGUUUUGGCAACUGCGGUUUCUGUUGAACAGAUUAACUUUAUUCUUGAUGGGUGUAUGGAAGAGAUGGUGUUGAUGAGGCAGGAGGGUUUUGUGAAUGGCUUGAGGUACACUGGAUGGGUUCUGUGCCAGAGACUUGUGAAUAUGUACUGUUGAGGAGCUCCCUUCAGUAUAGAAUGCUUUAUAUAGCUCCUAAAGAUGUAUAAUAUAAAUUCACACAUACAUGGUGCUGGCUACCCACCUGUAGCACACUGAAGGUAAUGUGUUGUAUCAUUCUUUCAUUGUAAUAUAAUAAAACAUUUUUUUACAUCA